AAACAACUCAACAGAUGGAUGUGAGAAAGGCUUGGCUCUAAGCCCUUAGUCAAGUCAGCUCUUACCAGCAAUUCUUAAGUUUAUACACUUAAGAUUCAUCCUUCAUGCCCAGCUCACCUGGACGACGUUGAGGAAUCUUAAGCGUCUUCAAACCAGUCCUUUGGCAUCAAGAGGAGGUCUUUGUGCCUUCAAUAUAGAUCAUUGGACUGGGGUUGUGAAUGUUCUGACUUCAUUGCCAUUGAGAAAGAGGGAACUUGGAAAGCUUCUCAGCUGGAAAACCCCUUGGACCCAAGACUCCAGAAACAAAAACCCCAAAUUUGGCAAUUUGACCCCAUGGAAGUGUUGAAAGAAUGGCCGGGUCAUCCCAAGGAAUUCUACAAUUUGGUGUGGUUCAAGAUGGGAGGUUACAAGAGCAUGAUGCCCAAGAUGGACCAGGACGUGCUGAGUGAAAGUCUCUGCCAUAAAUACCUGAUCCAGACUGGGCGAAGCGCUGCCCUAGUAAUCCAGAUGCUCGACAGGGAAGUGCGACAUGCAGUUUGCAUCUUCUACUUGGUUCUCCGGGCACUAGACACAGUGGAGGAUGACAUGACAAUUAGCUUGAAGACCAAGAUUCCCAUUUUACACAAGUUCUAUUCUUACCUGUAUCAGCCUGACUGGAGAUUCAUGGGCAGCAAUGACAAGGACAAGCAAAUACUGGAGGAUUUCCCAACGGUGAGCCACUGCCUCCAUACUUGA